AUGGCGGACGCCAAAGGGAACGGCCUGAUCGACAGAGAGAAGCUGCUCCACGACACGGCCCAGGUGGUGGUCCUGGGCGACCCAGGAGUGGGCAAGAGUUCCCUGAUUGCUGCGGCAACCGAGUCCUUCGAUCCCAACCCACCACCCUGCCUGCCGCCCACGCGGCUGCCUCCAGAGGCGGAGAACGUCCCGCUGCUCGUGAAGGACACGUCCAGCCGCAGCGACAACAGUUCCCCCCUGCGUGAGGUGUUGAAAGAUGUGGACGUGGUGCUGUUGUGCUACGCCGUGGACAUGGCAACGUCCAUUCGGCGGCUGAAGGACUAUUGGCUGCCAGAGCUGCAUAAGCUGGAAGACACACUGCCCAUCGUGCUCUGCGGUUGCAAAAUGGACAAUGCGCCCGAGGAAUAUUCACUGGAGAUGCAGCGCAGGCAGCUGGACGAGCUGGUGAAGGAGUUCCGCCAGGUUGAGACGGCCAUCGAGUGCUCGGCUCAGAGCUACAGCUUCGUACAGGAGGUGUUCCAGUUCACCCUGAAGGCCGUCAUCUUUCCGCAGCUUCCCCUCUAUGACAACAUGAGUCAGAAACUUCGCCCCCGCUGCGCCCAGGCCCUUCGGCGCGUUUUCAUGCUGUGCGAUCAUGACCGCGACGGGAGGUUGAACGAGAGGGAGAUCAACGCAUUCCAGAUCGCUUGCUUCAACACACCGCUCCAGCCCAACGAACUGACUGGCGUACUGGAGACGGUCGGAGCACAGCUGCCUGCCGGCGUAGAGAGUGACGGUCUCACACUUGCUGGAUUCCUUUUUCUCAAUGCACUGUUCUUGGAGGGAGGGCGAUUCGAGACGUCGUGGCAGGUGCUGCGGAGGUUCGGAUACACGAAUCACCUCACAAUCUCUGACGAGCUCAUCGAUGACGUCAACUUCGAGAUAGGACCCGAUCAGAUAAUGGAGCUCACCGACAAGUCGAUUGCAUUCCUGAGGAACUGGUUUGGAAAGUUGGAUAACGACAAGACGGGCGGCGUCAGGGAGGCAAAGGUCUUCAGCGAGAUGGAUGAGACAACGCCCGAGCGCAUCUGGUCAGGACCUGUGUGGAAGAGCGUACUGGUGGCCAACCCGCACGUCGGCCGCAUCAGCCUUGAGGGCUUCCUGUCGAGCUGGCGGUACUCCAUGCUCAUCCAUCCCAAGGCCACCCUCAAGCAGCUGCUGUACCUGGGAUGCGACAGCCAGGAGGUGACGGCCUUGUGCGCCAGCAGCAAGCCACGAAGACUUGAGCGGAAAGAGCGGCUAUCCAGGUCUGUCGUCCAGUGCCUGGUGUUCGGGGCGAAGGGCAGCGGCAAGACGUCCCUCCUGCGCGGCCUUGUGGGUGCAGGCUCGCCCUCAUCCCAAGGCCUGGAACCAAACCACGAUUACGUUGCCGUGGCCUCCGUGGCGUCUCCGCAGCACGGCCAGAAAACCCUGGUACUUAGGGAGGUGGGAUCGGAAGCUGCGGCGAAGCUGCUGAAGGAGGCGCCGCCUGAAGCCGGGUCGCAGCCGGAAGGAACCCACCUGGAAGCUGCGGACGUGGCGGUGUUCGUUUUUGAUGGGAACGACGCGAAGUCGUUUGCGGAGGCUCAGGGCCUGAUGCUCCAGGCGUCGACUGCUGCCGGCAACGCCCUCCCCUGCCUCUUCGUGGCGGCGAAGCUGGAUGCCCCCAUGCCCUUGGACAUCAAAUCCACCACCGCCGCCUGCUGCAAGGAGCUCAGCAUGCGCCCCCCCAUCCCCGUGUCCCACGCCAAGGGCGAGUUCGCCUCCGUCUACCGCACCCUGGUGGACGUCGCCGUGGCACCGGGCCCCAAAGACCUGCCCGAGACGCCGGCGCGGCGGGCCUCAAGGAUCCGGCACGUUUGGCGGGCGUUGAUGUCAGGGGAGCGGGAGGCAGUUGGGUUCUAA